AUGAUUAAUAAUGAUGAUAAUGAAUCAAAUAAAAUAGUUAAUCUGUCACAUCUUUUAUUAUCAAAUAUUAUAAAGAGAUUAGAUGAUAAUAAUAAUUGUACUCUAAUAAUUUCUGAUACAAAAUUGAAUAAUGAUUAUCAUUUAACAAUAGCUGAAUUAAUGGAAAUAGAUAGUAUCAAUACGAUGAAUGUUAGUAAAAUAUCAAUGACCGCUGAUUAUCAACCUAGUGUACUGAAGAAACUAUAUCAAUUGAUAUCGGAUUGCAAUUCUGUUAGAGCGUUAAAACAAUGUUGUAGUCUGGCCUGUGUACUACCUGUGAAUCUGACUUGUCUAUCAUUCUCCGAUGAUUUUGAUGAACCAUUGUUACCUGGUUAUCUUCCACCAAAUUUAACGAAACUCAAGUUUGGUUACUCAUUUAAUCAACCAAUAGGAAUAGGUUUACUACCUAGUACUUUGGAGAUGUUGAUUCUUGGUGAUGCAUAUAACCAUCCGAUUGUUGCCGGUGUACUACCUGCAUCUCUUAGAGUCUUGAAAAUCAAUGGAGUUGACUAUGUAUAUGGUUUCGAAGUUGGAUCACUUCCUUUUGGAUUGCAAGAACUAUGUUACUCUGGUUUCGACAUAACCAUUGGUGAAGAUGUAUUGCCAACUUCACUCUUAACUUUGGAUUUUGCACCUGUUUCAUGGAUGAAAUCGAUUCAAUCACUCACCAAUUUGAAAACAUUGUCUUUCAGUUAUCCAAACUAUAAUACCUAUGAAUCGUUUGAUUUGGAUAUGUUACCACGUUCACUCACAAGUCUGAACGUAUCCUUAGAAGUUACUCUCACUUCUUCUUUGUCGACAUCGAUCAAACAUCUCAAUAUCUUUAGAACAUCGUACAAUAUCGAUGAGAUAUUCAAACAUGACCGAUCACAAUAUCAAUUUGAAUCACUUACGGUCGAUGCUCUCAAACAAGAAUCACUCGAUGGUAUAAAGAUAAGGCGAUUAAAAUUAGAUUUCAACAGAGAUAUUGAAGCACCAAUCAGAUCUAUUCCAUCGGGUGUCGAAGAGUUGUUUAUUCGAUACAAUAAGAGUGCGAUCAUCAGUGAAAAUACUAUACCGUCAUCCGUUCAGAAACUGACUUACUAUCCAAAGAAUUCGACAGUGGAGAGAAUCAUCCCAAACACUGUUAAAGAAUUGGUUUUUAAACACUCAUCUACUUUUGUUCGAUUUCCCAGUAGCCUAUUACCGGAUUCACUUCAAUCACUUUCAUUACCAACAGCAAUACCACUUUUAAUCGAUUCCGAAUUUCCCAAAUCACUUUCCAACUUUUGCUUGGGUUUAGAUAAAAUACAAAAAACAAGUAUUUUAGCUAGAAAGCUUGAUGACAAUUAUUAUCUUAUCUUUGGCCAAUCCUAUCAACAAUUUUAUGCUGCAAUCAUCAGUAAAGAAUGUAUUCUAUUCUCUAUUAAUUGUUUGAUAAAGAGAUUAGAUGAUAAUAAUAAUUCUACUCUUAAAAUUGGUGAAAAAAAAUUAAAUGAUAAUAUCGAUUAUCAUUUAACUUUAGAAAUGACUGAAAUAAGAAAAUCAAAUGCAAGUGCACUGAAGAAACUCUAUCAAUUGAUAUCGAAUUGCAAUUCUGUUAGAGCAUUAAAACAUUGUUGUAGUCUGGCCUGUGUACUACCUGUGAAUCUGACUUGUCUAUCAUUCUCCGAUGACUUUAAUCAACCAUUGUUACCUGGUUUUCUCCCACCAAAGUUAAUAAAACUUAAGUUUGGUUUCUCGUUUAAUCAACCAAUAGGAAUAGGUGUACUACCUACAUCGCUUAGAGUCUUGAAAUUCAAUGGAGUUGACUAUGGACUUGGUUUCGAAGUUGGAUCACUUCCUUUUGGAUUGGAAGAACUAUGUUACUCUGGUGUCAACACAGCUAUUGGCGAAGGUGUAUUGCCAACUACACUUGUUACUUUGAAUUAUGCACCUGUUUCAUGGAUGAAAUCUAUACAAUCACUCGCCAAUUUGAAAACAUUGUCUUUUAGUGAACAAAUCUCUCCUAACCAACCUUCGAUUGACUUGAACAUGUUACCUCGCUCACUCACAAGUCUGAGUGUAUUCUCAGAAGUAACUCUCACUUCUUCUUUGUCGACAUCGAUCAAACAUCUCACUAUUUCUUGCGCACAGUACAAUAUCGAUGAGAUAUUCAAACAUGACCGAUCACAAUAUCAAUUUGAAUCACUUUCGGUCGAUGCUCUCAAACAAGAAUCACUCGAUGGUCUGGCUAUAAAGCGAUUAAAAUUAGAUUUCAACAGAGAUAUUGAAGCACCAAUCAGAUCUAUUCCAUCGGGUGUCGAAGAGUUGUUUAUUGGAUACAAUAAGAAUGCGAUCAUCACUGAAAAUGCUAUACCGUCAUCCGUUAGAAAACUGACAUACUAUCCAAAGAAUUCGACAGUGGAGAGAAUCAUCCCAAACACUGUUAAAGAAUUGGUAGUUAAAAAUUCAAUUCUUGAAAAAGAUCUUUGUAACUUAUUACCGGAUUCACUUCAAUCACUUUCAUUACCAACAGCGAUGGCAGUUCAAAUCGAUUCUGAAUUUCCCAAAUCCCUGUCAAACAUACAUUGGAAUUCUAAUAGAAAACAAAAAACAAAUAUUUUAGCUAGAAAGAUUGAUGACAAAUAUUAUUUAAUCUUUGGUCGAUCAACUAAACAAUUUUAUUCUGCAAUCAUCUUUAAAGAAUUGAUUAAAACAAAAUAUAUUUUAAUGAACAAAUAA